AUGUUUUCCGAAACCAUCAAACCACCGCAAACAAUACUCACUUUCGGUCUCACUCUUGAGCUCAUAACUCAUCUCCCCAUCUCCCAAGAUUCUACUACCACUAUCGCCUCCCAUCUCCGCACUCAUCUCUCAGUCCCCUUCUUCUCCCCAGCCUCGGGUCCCUACACCGCCCCAACGACCCUCGUCACCGCUGCAGGCCCACAACUUAUCCCCAGCUCCCCCACGCUCCCCCAUCCCGUCGUCGACUGGAUCGGGGACCACCCAUCUCCACGCCACUACCUUGUAACCACCCGUCACAGCCUCCAUCGUGGUAUCACAGACGCCAUGGCUCAUCACUCGUGUGGUAUCGUCGUCGAAACGCCCAUCUUACGCGCCUUCAACGCCAUCGAUUUUGCCGUCACUGGCAUUUCCGCUGCUCUUGGGGCUCUUGGGAAGGACAUGGUUGAGUUUACGCCUUAUUGCGGACUCUGUGUCCACAUGGGUCGCCGCGGGGGGUUUAGUCUCGAUAACAUAAAGGGACUGGCAAAGGCAGUCGUGGUGUUUGAACGUGACAUUGAGAUUGCAGUGAAGUUGGUCGGGUUGAUCGAAGAACUGAAGAGCGUUGGGGGCAUCAGCAAGUUGCUUUGUGAGCAAGGUGUGGGGGAGGAUUACAAGUAUAACUUCCAAAGCCUAGUAGCGGUGGGGUGUAUUGAGUUCCGCCAGGCGCAGGGGACAUUGGAUGUCGAGUGGAUACAGUCGUGGGUGAGGUUUUUGGCGCUGUUUGUGAAGUCAGCAGAGAAGGCGCCAAAGGAUAGCUGGGAAGAGUGGGCUAGGGGCGAGGGAGGUGGACUGGCAGAGUUCUUGAAGUUUGGGACUGACGAUACCAGUGACGAUGACGACGAGUAA